GUGGGGCGUUUCUCUACAGGUGCGCUGACUCAGCUCAGGUACAAACCCUGAAGCAUCCUCCCGUUAUGAAGCAGCUGUGAUGUGUCCACCAUGGAACGGAUAAGGAAUGUUAUAGGAGGAUGCAUUCCUGUAUUCUUCAUCGCCAUAUUAUUCGAUGUUUUUGGUCUGAUUCUGCUUUUCGUCGGCAUAUUCGCCAACGUGCGCCUCAGCAGCGGACUAUUUUACGGCGACUUCUUGAUCUACACCGGCUCUCUGAUCACAUUCGUGAGCCUGGCCUUCUGGCUCAUGUGGUACGUGGGGAACAUCCGGGUGUCGGAGGACGACGGGUGGAAGAAGAGGAGCCGUAUAGUGAAGCUGGCCAGGAAACUAUCCGAGAGGUUGAGCCAGACGCUGAAAGGGGAGCCACGCGUAAAAUGUGUGGAUGGGGAAGAUGACUGCGGGAAGAGCUUACCUGCACACAAAGCCAGCCGGGUGACAUGGGGCAGAUCCACAGCCUACCAAAAUGAGGGCUAUGAAGAGAGUCCAGACUCCCCUGCUGUGGAGAAGAAAGUGGAAAUAGAACAACAAGAAGCAAGCAUCUGAACAUAUGCCUUGGGUACCUUCAUAUACAAAUCUGCUGCAGGGACUAUUUCACGUAAGAUGCUAAAAAUGCUAUUAUUUCCCAGCCCAAAACUGAAAGCAUUGAGAUAAAGUCAUACUCAAGAUUUAUUAGAAAUAUGGAGAUCCAAAGAAACUUCAAUGUACUCCCUGAAACACUCCCUUUGUUAUUGCACUUAAAAGGUAUAUUGUUGCUUUUAUUUUCAGUAACACUUUAUGGUACAGCCUAUGUCUGUACGUUUCAUGGAAAGAAUGCUACUGGGGAAGAUUAGUUUUGCACUAAAAAUAAAGCUACUGUACGUCAAUAUUUGUAUAUAUAUGCCAAGAUGUGAACAUUGAUCCACAGGCAAGCAAACAAUUCAAAGUACAUGAAGAACUAAGUUAAUAUAGUCACUAAAAAUGAAUCAACUUGGUUUUCAAAUGAAACGGUUGAGAAAACUCAUAGUUUCCAUUUAAUUACAAAUUGUCUUUCCAAGAAACUAAUCAUUGUUGACCUGAAAACAUAUUUGUGUUUUACUUGAAGGGUUCAAUUGUAUUAUGUGUCCACUUUAUUCACAAACAUUAAGGUCUCAACUAUUUCCAACCUUUCUCUUGUUAGUUAGUAUAUAUAGUAUUUACACGGAAGCACAUUAUAAACUUUAACAAUUAAGGUCUUAAGGGCAUUAAACUUGUAGCCGUGUCAUAUUUGAAAGGGGUGCCAGGUUCAAAUCUAUUUCUUAAAUGAAUAUGUUGUGUAGUCAGCCAUUCUACAUGAAACUAAUAAUCGAUAGUUCGUUUUGUAUUUCUUAUUUUAUGUCUAGGAGUAAAUCCUAAUAAUAUAUAUUCUAAUUUAUAUUGAAUCCAAAAAUAGUGUGCCUCCUCCGAAAGGCUGUUGUGUUAGUCUAACAAGCUGACGUGUCAGUUUUUUUUUAAUUCAAAUUCUUUCCCACAUGUUCCAAAACAUUUCACCUAUUUUAAACAAGUUGUUGCUGCUACGAGACAAAGAAAAGUCAAGUCAUGUUUGCUCUUUGGCUUGCUGUCAAAGCAACGUGCACUGGUCGGACUGGUUUUGUCUCAAUGGUGUUGUGUUGUUUAAACAAACCUGAGCAUUCCGGACAGAGGAUCAUAUGACCUGGGACCCUGAGGAACAAACGGUAUCUACUAAAGCAAAUGUGGCAAUAGGAGACACAAAUUGUAGUCCAAAUGAUAGCACACCUUAUGCAAAUGUCCCGGCCGUGCCAGGUAUUUGUUUAUUUAACCUGAAGCAGCCUUUACCACAUACAGAGUUAGUUAGCAUGACUGACAGCCUGACACACUUGAAACGUGUGAUGUUGCAGUAAAUAAAACCCAUCGGUGCUGUGUACACCAGCUAUGGGCAGGAGGUUAAAUCCGCAUUGCAGAGAUACAAUUGUGGCAGCCUGUCAUGUCAAACAAGCAGCUCAUAGAGAAGUUUCCAUUAAGUGCAUUUCCUCAUUGUGACAGUCACUUCACAAUAGGUGUCAUUAUUGUUGUCACUCACGAACCGUGGGUUAUCAAAUAUUGAGGGAAGGCUUGAAUGAAGUGCAUCCACCCUGCAGAGCUGCUCCCAAGUUAAAUAUGAAGAGCAAGUUUCUUUCCACUCUCUGAACUCAGUAGGAGUAAAGUCAAGAGCGAGCUUUGAACCAUCAGAUAAAAGAUGUAACACACUGAUGCGGCUCCAAAUCAAUUUAGUGUCAUUAGCUGAACAAAAAGGAUGAGGGGGGCCUCAAUUAAUGAUAGCAGGCUUAUCGCUGUGCACACACAAGCUCAAUGGCGGCUGAUUGCGAAAUAUAUGUGCAUAAAUCUGCCAUGCAGCUUACGGUUGGUUGAGGUGUCACCUUAAUGACAUGGAAGUAGCAAAACAAGUCGGCCCUGCGCAGCAAUGAAGGACCGAGAGGCUUUCAUGUUUAUGAGCAACUCAACCAGUUGUUGUGGUUGCAUACCAGUCUUCCCAACAAGUCUUGUGCUAUGAUAGAAAUGUAAGGUGUGCUGAGGCUGAAACAGUAUGAUCUUGAAAGCUCUUUUGUGUAGAGACUUGCUCUCACUCCUGUCAGACGUUCAGACGACAUCCACCUGUCCGUCUCUCAAGGCCCAACAAUGAAGGAGGGGAAGUAUACCAGCGUCUUCGUGUCCAUUGCUGUGAUUUUGGACGUCGCCGGACUUAUCCUCUUCUUUGUUGGGAUCUUUGCACCUUUGAGUUUCUGGGACUUUUUUGUGCUGUCCGGACCUUUGCUGAUCUUCAUGAGUACAUUUUUUUGGAUAUUCUGGUACAUGGGGAACAUCAAGGUGUCUGACGAGGAGCUCAACCUGACCAAACACGACAUACUGUGAGGCAGUAUGUGUGAAGCAGGGCUGGCCGAGCCGGACUCCUUCAACCCAGCAGCACGAUGACGAGGAAUGGACUGAAGGGACAGAUUGAAGCAGAAGCUUCGUCAAAAAUCAUGAAUUUGUGAGCCUGGCACUCCUUGAAGUUUUGCCUGAAGGAUGUGUGAUAAAACCAAAUCUGCGCACGACCAGGAACACAUUUGACUAAUCCCAGGAGAUAAAAAUAACUCUUUUCCACCCUUACGACUUCAGGGUAAAACAACUUGUCAUGUUGUGUGUGGACAGCAUUGAUUCCUGGACUUUGUUGGAGUGGAAAAUGUAUUUCUCAGCACUUUCAUUGGAAGGAAACUUUUAAAAAUGUGGGAAACUGUAUGCCUUAUUUAUGUUGUUAUCAUGUACAUUAUGAUUUGAUAUUUAUAUUUCAACAUAUCUUUGCACAUUCAUGUUAGAUGUAUAAGCUUUUGGAAUUAGGGACUAAACAUACUCUAAAAUGACA